AUGAGCUCGAGUCUUCGGGAAUUGGAUGUGCCUAUAGACUAUAUGUUUUCAUUCCCACCGAACCACAUACCUAACCCUAAAGAGCCCAAUUUGAACGACCCGUCGCUUCUGGACGGUCAUCGCAGUCCUGACUCCAUGUUAGCUGAACGCGACGAGCAAUCAUCAGAAUCAGACAGCCUGUCCACCUGUAUGGAGCCAUCUGACAUAGCUCUUGGCCAGACAGAGCCCUCGAUUGAAUCCACAAGUUGCCCGACUGAUGGAAAUUCACCAAAUAUGCCUGACGAAAAUCAAUCCAGAAGCAGCCCUGGGGACAUGAGAAUUUGGCCAGAACAUCUGAGAAUGGAUAAGAAAGCCUUUGCCAGCAUGACAGAUGCCUCUCAAAAGCGGCACAAGGAACUAAUCGAGUCUGAAGUAAGGAAAUAUGAGGCCUCCUUUCAGAAGGAGGUACACCUCCGUACCGAAACGAGACUUCACGCAUUUAAUAAAUUGGAUCGAAGCAUAUACGUUUGUGCUGCCGAAGAUCUAGCAGCAUCUAUGCCUGAAAUAUGCUGUAUACAGGCAGAAACUGUCAUUGUUGAUGCAGCAGAUCAGAUUGAUGAAGCGCUUCUUCUCGCCACGCUGCCCAGCACAACAACGAGACUCAUCCUGUUUGGGGAGGAACUCCCUACAAAUGAGAAGGAUAAAAUACAGGAGAUGAGCGGCGCUAUUCCAAAUGCGCGAGAUAAUAGUAUGUGGCAGAGGCUGGCAGAGGGAGGUCUGCCCCUUGUCGAGGUCCCAUCAGCUAAGCUGGCAUAUUAUCAUUCAAACCGUCGAUCUUUGAGUAGCGAGCACUGGGAUGGAGACAGAGAAAGUGACAGAGAAAGUGACAGAGAAAGUGACAGAGAAAGUGACAGAGAAAGUGACAGAGAAAGUGACAGAGAAAGUGACAGAGAAAGUGACAAGGAAGAUGAAGCCUGGGAGACUGACUGGGAAAGUGACAGAGACGGCGACCGAGACAAUGACAGCGACAAUGACAGCGAGGAUGACAGAGGUGACCACACACAUCAUAAAAAUGAAGAUUCCCAGAAAGUUGUCAACCUUGAGGACAUCAAAGCAUGGCGGAGCUUGGAACAAAUGGUAGGCCUUGAAAGCAUCAAGGAGCAAGUGCGCCUGUUACAUCACCGAGCAGUUGAUAAUUGCGUGCGGAAAGAGAAAGGAUUGCCUUUGCGCCCUAUCCCCCAUACAGGUCUUUUCAUCGGCUCUCCAGGUACCGGAAAGACAACAGUUGCAAAGCUCUACGCUAGAAUCUUGCAUCGGAUAGGGUUUGUCAAGAAGCGUUCUGUACUUGAAGUAAACGCCUCGAGUCUGGUGACUUCCUGGAAUCCGCACGAUGACUUGAAAGGUUCAAAAGGGAAGGUGUUGAUCAUUGACGACGCACAUGCACUGUGGGGUGGACCCACAUCGCACAGCGACUCUGACUAUAAGAAUGCCAUCGAUGCGUUGAUCGCCCUAGUUACGCCUGGAGAGACACCCAGCAGGAUUGUAUUGCUUGUGGGUAACGAGGACGACAUGCUGGAGAUGUUUCAACAUGUCAAUCCAGGCCUCUCAACAAGGUUUCCACUGGCUUCUGCCUUCCGAUUCCCACCCUUUUCGACAUCUCAGUUGGAGCUGAUAUUAGACAAAGGAUUGGAGUCAGCUUCCAUGAAUGCGUCGCCAAAGGCAAAAUCCGCUGCAUUGGGGGUGCUAGUGCAUGGUAUGCUUUCACCUAGAUUUGGGAAUGCUAGCGCCGUGGAUGCACUUCUACACAAGGCAUAUUUUUCGCUUGAUAAGCGCCGUAUGGAUGAUCCCCAAACAGACCCAAUGCUUCUCAAGCCGGAGGAUUUCUCAAAGGAUUGGAACCGUGUUUUUGACGCCGAGGAGGAAUGUGAGAGGCUCUUUGAAGAUGUGGUCGGCAAUGAUACUGUCAUCUCUGAUCUGCUUGAGAAUACCAGGGUGGCAAGGAAGGCCGUCGCGCGAAAUCUCGACCCCCGAGAUUAUGUCCCUUUCAAUUAUAUAUUUCGAGGAGCUCCAGGUAUGCUUUCUCAUUCCCAUUUGAUUCAGGCUAUUCUAAACGAGAACUCAGGGACCGGCAAGACAACAAUGGCGCGAAACAUGGGACAGAUCUUUUACCGCAUGGGUCUUCUCGCCAGCGCCGAAGUGAUUGAAUGCUCAGUGAGCGAUAUUAUCGGUGAAUAUCUCGGACAGACCGGCCCUAAAAUUAUAAGACUUUUCAAGAGCGCGGUGGGGAAGGUCUUGCUGGUUGAUGAAGCAUAUCGUCUCGGCGAUGGUUCAAACUCACAAGGAUCCUACUCAUCAGAUGCUAUCGCAGAGAUUGUUGGUGCCCUUACAAGCCCCCAUUUCCAACAAAGAAUGGUCAUUAUCCUUGCCGGUUACAGUGAGGAAAUGGACGAUUUUCUGGACUCCAAUCCGGGCCUGCGAAGCCGAUUCACCCGCACACUAACGUUUCAGAGCCUCGACGCCACAGCAUGCACCCAGCUCCUGAUGCAACUGAUGCAGAAGCAAGGGCUGGAUACUUCGAUGUUGGAGAUCCCGGAACACGGAACUCACAACGAACUAGAGAGCAAUUUCACUGCUCUAUCGCGGCUGAAAGGCUGGGGAAACGCACGCGAUGUUCAUACAUUGAGUAUAGGCAUUUUUCGUAAGGUCUUGAGCACCGCGGACGAUGAUGAUGCAUUGGUCGUGAACAUGGACCAGAUCCUGUUGGCCUUGCGAGAGAUGAUUACUUCGAGGGGGGUCGGCCUCCGGUAA